UUGCAAACUCCGAGAAAAAUUAUAAUGAUAACCGAUGGUGAAGAAAAUGAAUUUGAACAAGAAGAACAUUUGGAAGACGAUGCAUCAGAUGAUUGUAUGGAGUUUCAAAUUGGUUUAAUGAUAGAACCAGAAUCGCAAGAAAUUUCAAUUGUUACAGAAAAAGGAAGAACAACUUUGCCCCAUUUUACCGUAGCACCAAUUCAAAAUGCCCUCAAAAGAAAAUUAGAUAACCAAAAAGCCCAUACAUCAAAAAGCUAUAACUUUUCAUCUGCAUCAGAGACUACUAUUAUCCAACCAUCGAAAAUAUCUAAAAUAAAUUCCCCAAACGUAUCACUCGAUACAGCUACGGUUUUAAGUGCAAUUGAUGAUUUGCGAAAGCUUAUGACACAAAUUGCUGCCAAAACAGACAAACUCUAUGAAGAUUUUCAGGAAAUUAAAAACAAACAAAGCACAUGGCAAGAAACUACUAUACUCGAUAGAACUAAUCUUGGAACGCCGUUUGGGACCAAAGAAGAUUUGGCAGCUUUUGAAGAAAAAAUCAAAAACGAUGAUAUACCAAGAAAACUAUUUAAACAUUUCCUACUCAAUGUUGACGAUCAGACAUGGGAGAAAUACAUCUCUAAGUGCCUUUUUGCGUGUUUUAAAAAAGAGUUAGCUGUUCUGUGCUCGUUUUAUGGCAAAAACAAGAACAUAGAAAUCCAAAAUCUUGAAAUGAUCAAAAUACUAAGAGAAUGUGUACAUGAGAAAUUUUCCAAAGUAAGGGUAGCAGAUACAAAUCACGUUAUUAAGAAAUGGUUUCAUCUUGCAACUGACCGUUAUAGAAGAAUCGCAAAAGACAAAUAAAGUGAAAUGGAACUUGUUUCAAAAUAGAAUAAUUAUAAAAUGCAAAAUGAAUUACCUGAUAAUAGAAACUGAUCUUGUAACAACACAUUGUAUGUUUGUAAGUUUUGUAUAAUAGAGUUAACUGUAAAUGUGUAUAAUUUUUAUUUCUUAAAAAGAUUUACUGGAUAAUAAACAGAAACAAAUAUAUUUAUAUAUAAAAAUAUAAAUGUAUACUUUCUUAAA